CUCCCCACCCAGGACCCGGGGAGGGGGGCGAACGCGAGAGACCCGGGCUGGGCCGCAGCCCCGCCCCCCGCACCUCCCCGCAGCAGGCCUCGCACCCCAAAUUCCUGUGCUUCAUUGGGGGGUCCCCCCCACGGUCCGGGCAUGCUGCCCCCCGGAAGGAGCCCCAGUCCGCGCUCCCCCCAGUGCCCACGUGGAGCAUGAACAGUGAGGAUGGCCCGUGCCCGCGGCUCCCCGUGCCCCCCGCUGCCGCCCGGUAGGAUGUCCUGGCCCCACGGGGCCCUGCUCUUCCUCUGGCUCUUCUCUCCGCCCCUGGGGGCCGGCGGGGGCGGUGUGGCCGUGACAGCCGCCGCUGGAGGGGGCUCCCCGCCGGCCACCUCCUGCCCUGCGGCCUGCUCCUGCAGCAACCAGGCCAGCCGGGUGAUCUGCACGCGGAGAGAGCUGGCCGAAGUGCCGGCCAGCAUCCCUGUCAACACUCGGUACCUGAACCUGCAGGAGAACAGCAUCCAGGUGAUCCGCACCGACACCUUCAAGCACCUGCGGCACCUGGAGAUCCUGCAGCUCAGCAAGAACCUGGUGCGCAAGAUCGAGGUGGGCGCCUUCAACGGGCUGCCCAGCCUCAACACGCUGGAGCUGUUCGACAACCGGCUGACCACGGUGCCCACGCAGGCCUUCGAGUACCUGUCCAAGCUGCGGGAGCUCUGGCUGCGCAACAACCCCAUCGAGAGCAUCCCCUCCUACGCCUUCAACCGCGUGCCCUCGCUGCGGCGCCUCGACCUGGGCGAGCUCAAGCGGCUGGAGUACAUCUCGGAGGCGGCCUUUGAGGGGCUGGUGAACCUGCGCUACCUCAACCUGGGCAUGUGCAACCUCAAGGAUAUCCCCAACCUGACGGCCCUGGUGCGCCUGGAGGAGCUGGAGCUGUCGGGCAACCGGCUCGACCUGAUCCGCCCGGGCUCCUUCCAGGGCCUCACCAGCCUGCGCAAGCUGUGGCUGAUGCACGCCCAGGUGGCCACCAUCGAGCGCAACGCCUUCGACGACCUCAAGUCGCUGGAGGAGCUCAACCUGUCCCACAACAACCUGAUGUCGCUGCCGCACGACCUGUUCACGCCGCUGCACCGCCUGGAGCGCGUCCACCUCAACCACAACCCCUGGCACUGCAACUGCGACGUCCUGUGGCUCAGCUGGUGGCUCAAGGAGACCGUGCCCAGCAACACCACGUGCUGCGCGCGCUGCCACGCGCCCGCCGGCCUCAAGGGCCGCUACAUCGGCGAGCUGGACCAGUCGCACUUCACCUGCUACGCGCCCGUCAUCGUGGAGCCGCCCACGGACCUCAACGUCACCGAGGGCAUGGCGGCCGAGCUCAAGUGCCGCACGGGCACGUCUAUGACGUCGGUCAACUGGCUGACCCCCAACGGCACGCUCAUGACGCACGGCUCGUACCGCGUGCGCAUCUCGGUGCUGCAUGACGGCACACUGAACUUCACCAACGUCACGGUGCAGGACACGGGCCAGUACACGUGCAUGGUCACCAACUCGGCCGGCAACACCACGGCCUCCGCCACGCUCAACGUCUCGGCCGUGGACCCCGUGGCGGCCGGGGGCGCGGGCGGCGCCGGGGGCCCCGGGGCCGGCGGCGGCGGUGGCGGCGGCGGCGGCAGCGGCGGCUACACCUACUUCACCACGGUGACCGUGGAGACCCUGGAGACGCAGCCCGGGGAGGAGGCCCUGCAGCCGCGGGGCACGGAGAAGGAGCCGCCGGGGCCCACGACGGACGGCGUCUGGGGCGGGGGCCGGCCCGGCGACGCGGCGGGCCCGGCCUCGUCGUCCACCACGGCGCCCGCCCCACGCUCCUCGCGGCCCACGGAGAAGGCGUUCACGGUGCCCAUCACGGACGUGACGGAGAACGCCCUCAAGGACCUGGACGACGUCAUGAAGACCACCAAGAUCAUCAUCGGCUGCUUCGUGGCCAUCACGUUCAUGGCCGCCGUGAUGCUGGUGGCCUUCUACAAGCUGCGGAAGCAGCACCAGCUGCACAAGCACCACGGGCCCACGCGCACCGUGGAGAUCAUCAACGUGGAGGACGAGCUGCCCGCCGCCGCCGCCGUGUCCGCGGCCGGCGCGGGGGGCGUGGGCGGGGACAGCCACCUGGCCCUGCCGGCGCUGGAGCGCGACCACCCGAACCAUCACCACUACGUGGCGGCCGCCUUCAAGGCGCACUACAGCGCCAACCCCGGCGGCGGGGGCUGCGGGGCCAAGGGCCCGCCGGGCCUCAACUCCGUCCACGAACCUCUGCUCUUCAAGAGCGGAUCCAAGGAGAACGUGCAAGAGACCCAGAUCUGA